GGUUACCUUCUAAACCACCGAAUCGCCGUUUCCUUUGUUCUCAUUCCUAAAUCUUCUGAUUAAUGUGUUUCUCUUUAAAUUCAAUUUCCAUGUCAAUAGUGUGAAUUUCUCCUUAAUUUCAGUUGCAUCUCACAUCACCUACCUAACCCAUCAAAUAAACCUUUUCUUUUUUUUACUGUGUUUUUUUAAGUUGGAAGAUAUUUAGUCAAACUGUUGUAAUGAUGAUGAAGUUUUUGGAUCAAACCAGAUUGAAUUUUAUCUCAUUCAUAUUCAUCUACUAAUAGAAAUGCAACAAAGAUAGAGAUUUGUGGAUUUAUUUAGAGGAGGAGGUUCGAUGAUUCAUCAUAUCGUAAUUGUGUUUGGUUUGAUUUGGAUACUUGAUUGGUUUCGUUAUCGUCAUCCUAUUGUUUACUUUAUUUCCUUGAUCUAUCUCUACCAGGUUCAUGAACGAUAUUAUCUGCGAUUACGAAAGAAAACACAAUACGAGGAAAGAAAACAAGCGAAUCAGAGAAGGCCACUUGCUGAUUCUGAAACAGUUCGGUGGUUGAACGAUGCAGUCGAGAAGGUGUGGCCUAUAUGCAUGGAACAGAUUGUUUCACAGAAAAUUUUACUCCCGCUCGUACCUUGGUUCCUGGACAAGUACAAACCUUGGACUGCUAAGAAAGCAGAGGUUCAAGAACUGUAUUUGGGUAGAAAUCCACCAAUGAUAACAGAAAUGAGGGUUGUUCGCCAGUCUUCGGAUGAUGACCACUUGGUUUUGGAGUUGGGAAUCAAUUUUCUUACAGCUGAGGAUAUGAGUGCAUUAAUUGCUGUGAAGCUAAGAAGAAGACUGGGAUUCGGCAUGUGGACGAAGCUGCAUAUGACGAGCAUGCAUGUUGAAGGGAAGAUUUUGGUUGGUUUGAAGUUUAUUCGUCAAUAUCCUUACCUUGGACGUUUGCGUCUAUGCUUUGCUGAACCACCAUAUUUUCAAAUGACAGUAAAACCUAUUUUUAAUCACGGGAUUGAUGUUACUGAAUUUCCCGGAAUCGCUGGAUGGAUGGAUAAGCUUCUGGGGAUUGUGUUUGAGCAGACACUUGUUGAGCCCAAUAUGCUGGUUGUUGACGUGGAGAAAUUUGCUUCAGCAACAACAGAAAAUUGGUUCUCUGUGAACGAAAAAGACCCUGUUGCUUAUGUGAAGGUGGAAAUUGUUGAAGGAGCUGACAUGAAACCCUCAGAUCCCAAUGGAUUGGCUGAUCCUUACGUAAAAGGACAACUGGGGCCUUACAGAUUUCGGACAAAGACCCAAAAGAAAACACUAUCUCCAAAAUGGAUCGAGGAAUUUAGGAUCCCUAUCUGCACAUGGGAAUCACCUAAUGUCUUAACUCUUGAAGUUUGUGACAAAGACCACUUUCGUGAUGACACCCUUGGGGAUUGCUCUGUAAAUAUCACCGACUAUAGGAGCAUGCAGAGACAUGACAUGUGGUUGCCUCUUCAAAACAUUAAAAUGGGAAGGCUUCAUCUUGCAGUAACUGUUCUUGAUGCUUACAGGAAGGAUGGAGGUGAUCCAUAUUUCGUGGAAACAUCAAAUACAGCAGCAAGCACAGACUCCACGACAACUGUAACUGGUCAGACUCUCUCGGAUCCAACUAUUUUUCCAGUAAAAGCGGAAAAAAUGGUGGAUAAAUACGAACCAAUAAAAAUUGAAGGUCGGCAACAGACAGGGAUAUGGGUUCAUCAUCCAGGAAGUGAUGUUCCCCAGAUAUGGGAGCCUAGAAAAAGGAAGAAUAGGCUAGCCGAUAUAAAAAUUCAUAGAGUGGAGAACACUUCCACUAACACCUCAGCAGAAACUGGAUGGAACCAAAAGAGUGGUAACAAUAGUAAUGAAAAUGAAGAAAUGAGCAACUCUAAGUCACUUCUUACAGUUAGGAGGGGUUUACGGAAGUUGAGUUUAGCGUUCAAUAAGAUCCAUACAAGGAAAGAUUCCAGAAUCAUAUCUCCAAGUCCAUCACCCACGCCACGUCCGAACAUACGAGCUGUCAAUGAGAGGACAACAAAGCUGAAAGUUAUUGUAGAUGACGAAAUGUGUGAGGCUAUCGAAGGUUUUGGUACGAGCAAGCCAUGCUCAAGUAGCCCUGAGAUGAAAAUGGUUGUUAGUACAGACAAGGGAAUCAUGAAAGAGGUUGCCUCAGAUGUGCUAAAUUUCAAUACUGUCAAGGAGUUGAAAGCAGACAAGAAAUGCUCGAGUCCUCAACCAAUGAAUGUGAAAAAUCAUGAGGGUGUCAAGGGUUUUAAAGCAGAUGAUGAGUUGAGUCCUCGGAAAAUUGGUAGUACUGUGAAGGAUUUCAAAGCAGAAAAGGAGCUUUCAAGCCCUCGGGGAAAUGUGAUUGGCAUGACAGAAGUAAACGGGAACCGCAAUACGGAUAAACCACUAGAUUGUGAGGCUGCUGAAGGUUUUAAAUCAGAGAAAGAAUGUCUAAGCCCUGGGAAAAAUGGAGGAGUGAGUUUAAGUAAGGGAAAGUUGAAAGCCAUUAAAGCAAAAGGCAUGAUAAAGAAUGUCCUAUCUCGAAAAUGGUCUAAGAAACGUAACAAUGAUUCAGGAUCAGCAGCAGUUUUAGAUAGCCCAUAGUUGAAAAGAUGAUUCUUACAGAAUGGAUUUCAAACCUCGCCAAGUAUUAUUCAUCAAGUUAGGUUUGAAAAACUGAUUCUGGGUCCAGUUUUGAACCUGCUUAAUGAUGAUAUGGGUACUGAACGGGAUUGGCACCGAUUGGGUGUCUGGGACAGCAAUCUCAAAAUGACAAACAGUGUGUACAGGCUGUCCGACUGGGCCAUGUGUAUAUAAGCAUAUAGUUUCCUGAGAACAAAAUGCCUGGAGGUGGACCAGGGAGAAGACAAAACUGACUUGGAAAAGGAGAAGGGUAAAAAGGGUUGGUGGAAGAGUUCACUCAAUGCUAGUUUCUUAUUCCUUCAUCUUGGCACUAUCUGCAGGAGUUCAUUGUUUCGGAAGAUAAUGCAUAGUGCAAUAUAAAUGCCACCAGCGCUUGAACACAAGGUGUAUGGAGAUGCGUUUAUAUGGAAAGUUGUUUUCAACUGCAGUAUGUAGAUUUAUCAGAACUCAAAGUCUGAUGAUGCAGAUUUCUUCGUAGUAUUUCCAAGAAUUAUAAGUAACAUAGUCAGACAAACUUCAGCACGAAUGGGCCAGGAAAGCUUGAUUAAAAGGUUCCCUUAUUGGCGACUUAGAAGCAUAAAGGGGAUUGAUGCAAAGGGGGACACUUGAUCUGAAAGCUAGAUUCAGGAACGCAAAAAGUGGGUUAAGUAAGUAAGACUUACAUCAGUUUAAAGUUGUUUGUGUUGCUGUUUUUUCUUUUCUUGAAGAUCAUACCAGUUUUUUGUAUAUAAUUUUGUACAUUAGAACAACCAUGUGUAAAUAUUUACCCUAGAGUUACCAAUUUGCAAACUCGGUUAGAUAUUAUUAAAUGCAUCAAAAGAAGAUAAGAAAACAUUACCCGUUUUCAA